AUGUAUCGUUUGGCAUACGUGCCAGAAGAAUUUCGCCAUGCCAGCAAUCUGCCCAACGUGGAGGAUGCGGAUGCAGAGAGUGAAAAGGCAUUGAAGGAGAUGCUCGAGGAGAUCAAGAAGAGGGCGACCAAGGCUGAACAGGAGAAGCAGAGCCUCGCGGAGAAGCUGGAGAAGCUAGAAGCGUCGGUGGCCGCUGUGAAAAAGGAAAAGUUUACCGCCGACGCGGAGGUGAACGGCCUGCGGGCCAAGGCCGAGCUCGCGGAGGGCCAGGCCGCGGCCUUCCGAGAGGCGCUCAACGGCAUCGCGGCUACGGUGAGCGCGGCGGUCAACGACCCAGACAGCGACCCCGUCAAGCUGCUGGAGGCCGCCCUUGCGGAGCUCGCCGCCAGCGAGGAGAAGGUGGCCUUGGCCCAGCAGGAGAAGGAGGAGGUGGACCGGCAGGUCGAGGCGCUCGAAAAGGAGCUCGCGGCGGCCGCCACGCUCCGGGCCGAGCUGGAGGCAGCCGAGGAGAAGGCGAAGAAACUCUCCGCGGGCAUUGACGCGAUCGCGGCCCGCGUGGGCGUGGGCGGCGUGAGCCUCUUCUCGCUGUUCUCGGCCCCGUCGGACGAGGAGAAGGUGAAGUCCAUCCUGGACAAGGUCAAGACCAUGCAGCAGAGAUAG